AUGGCUUCAUCUCAGGAGUUGCAUUCAAGCCAGUUGACUGAACCCUUCUUAGUUCUUUACUGGGAAGAUCUUAAGAGCCUAACAGAUCAAUGCGAAACACUCAGUCCACUGCUGGUGGAAUCGGUCUUGUUGGCGCUACUCGCAUCCGAGAUACGAGCGGAUCACGGGGUUCUUCUCCAGCCGUCGUCUGGUGGACCGGACCCGGAUGACCGUGAGCGUCGACCGAUCGAGGGGAACAAUCAUGAGAAACCACACUGGAGUUUCAAGAAACAGCUUCUACCGAAAAAUACCUCCGAUGACUUGAGCCUGGCGAUUGAGGAUGAAAUUGAUUAUGUUCUGUGGUAUGGCCAUUGCUUUGAGCUAGAAACCAACCUGAUUGUGAUGAAAUCAAAGUCCCCCGAGUCCCAGAGCUCGUCCUUGCUUCACAAUAUGGGCAGGAUUCACAGGGCUCGCAAGGUCGCGGGAAGGAGCUCAAUCUUGUACGGGAUUAUGAUCGAUGGACGCACGUGGACAUUCAUACACAUCUCCGGAUGGAGCCAGUAUACCAAGCGUAUCUUCGACUGGGAUAGUGAGCGAGACCAAAUCGUUGCCCAGGUUUGGGAGAUCAUCAAACAAGCAAUCGAUCUUUUCAAAACCAAAAUUCUGCCUCGAUUGGCUCUACCUUCGUCAACAGCCCAAUCCCUCGGCGGGUGUCGAUUCGAAGACAUUCCUGAUGAUAUUUGCGAGUCGAAUGAAGAUUCCUACGACAUGUAUGCCUCCGACCGUUCAUCUCGUGGGUCUGUUGGGAAUGAGUCGGAUCUAGCCCCCGGGGAUAUGCCAUGGUGUUGGUAA